CUGCCCCCGCCCGCCCGGGGCAUAAAAGGCGCCAGGUGAGGACCUCGCCACUCCUACCGCCAAGCUAUGCACCUCCGACCAAUGGGUGACCGCACGACUUCCUUUAGUUACCGGCAAAUGGCCGGCGGCCAGUCCUUGGGGGGUCUGCGCUACGCGGGAGGAAAUGUCUUCCGCGCGCCGAGCAUCCACGGGGGUUCCGGCGGCCGCGGCGUGUCCAUGUCCUCCGCCCGCUUAAUGUCCUCGUCCUUCGGGGGCUACGGCGGGGACUACAGCGGCAGCUUUGCGGGCGGCCUGGACGGGUCCGACGGCCUCUUCUCCGGCAAUGAGAAGCUCACCAUGCAGAACCUCAACGACCGGCUGGCCUCCUACCUGGACAAGGUGCGCGCCCUGGAGGAGGCCAACGGCGACCUGGAGGCGAAGAUCCGCGACUGGUACGCGAAGCAGGGGUCCGGGCCCGCCCGCGACUACAGCCACUACUUCAAGAUCAUCGAGGACCUGCGGGAUAAGAUUCUUGGUGCCACCAUUGAGAACUCCCAGGUUGUCCUGCAGAUUGACAAUGCCCGUCUGGCUGCGGAUGACUUCCGAACCAAGUUUGAGACCGAGCUGGCCCUGCGCAGGAGCGUGGAGGCCGACAUCAACGGCCUGCGCAGGGUGCUGGAUGAGCUGACCCUGGCCAAGGCUGACCUGGAGAUGCAGAUCGAAGGGCUGAAGGAGGAGCUGGCCUACCUAAAGAAGAACCACGAGGAGGAAAUCAGUGCCCUGAAGAGCCAGGUGGGUGGCCAGGUCAGCGUGGAGGUGGAUUCUGCUCCGGGCAUCGACCUCGGCAAGAUCCUGAGUGACAUGAGAAGCCAAUAUGAGGUCAUGGCUGAGAAAAACCGAAAGGAUGCUGAAGACUGGUUCACCAGCCGGACGGAAGAGCUAAAUCAGGAGGUGGCCAGCCACACGGAGCAGCUGCAGACUAGCAAGGUGGAGGUCACCGAAGUGCGGCGCACCCUCCAGGGUCUGGAGAUUGAGCUGCAGUCUCAGCUAAGCAUGAAAGCCGCCCUGGAAGGCACGCUGGCGGACACAGAGGCCCGUUUUGGAGCCCAGCUGGCCCAGAUCCAGGCUCUGAUCAGCAGCUUGGAAGCCCAGCUGAGCAAGGUGCGUGCAGACACUGAACGGCAGAACCAGGAGUACCAGCAGCUCAUGGACAUCAAGUCACGGCUGGAGCAGGAGAUCGCCACCUACCGCAGCCUGCUGGAGGGCCAGGAUGCCCACUACAACAACCUGCCCACCUACAAGGCUCUCUGAGUCCUGGCAGCCUCCUGGGCUUCCUGCUCUCCCGCGAAGAGGUUCCCCUGGCGGGGAGGGGCGUGGGAAGGGAGCGACCGUAUCCCUGGCGCUUUCCCUGACCUGUCAAUAAAGCUUUAUGGCCCAAGGGA